AUGAGGUUGCAUAUCCUAGAUAGGAGAUUCUAGUCUCUGCACACGAGUGGGGUCCUGGCUGGAGUGGGCUUACCGAUCACUUGUGAACACUGGUCUCAUCCUGUGUGAGAGCACCUGCCAGAAGAUGAUGCAGUAAAAAACAGACAUUAGCCGAUACCGCAUGCCGGGUGCUUUUUCAAACAUUUCCAGUUUGUAAAGUCAGAAGCUGGCUUGAUCCGCUUCCGUUGUGAGCCGUGCUCCUCGUAUACCUUCACUGCAGCUACCCGUCAUGGAGACCCUCGCCAAGCCACUUAUCGUAUUGACCUGUACUCCGGGCGAAGGUCAUGCCAAUCCCAUCAAGACGAUUGCUAAGGCACUUGUUCUUGAAGGGUACGAAGUCACGGCGGUCUCAGCUAGUGCUUACCGGAAGCACUUUGAGGAUGCUGGGUGCAGUUACGUUUCCAUUCAGGGUUACGGUGACUACGCGGACGAAGAUCGUGACACAAAAUGGCCUGAGCGGGCUGCAAUGCCACCUGGGCCGGAGCAGUUUGCGUGGACCAUCGAGCAGAGCUUUGUCAGAGUCAUUCCAGACCAAUUCGCCGCAGUUCAGACAGCAAUCACGAUGUUGAGAGAGAAACAUCCUGGUAGACCUGUCGUUGUGUUAAACGAGUCUGCGUUCUUGGGCUCGCUUCCGCUCAUGAAGGGUGCCAAAGGUGUGAAGCCUGAUGGAUUCAUUGGUAUUGGUAUAAAUCCCAUAUCUCUGAGCAGCGUUGACACCGCUCCAUUUGGGCCCGGUCUACUACCGCCCAAGUCACCCUCGGAGGUUGCCCAGUAUGCAGAAAUGUUUGAGGGCCUCAAAAUGCUCUUCUCAAAGGCCCAAGCAGUCUUUGACGAUACUCUGAGAGACCUCGGCGGCGAGUCGGUCAACGGCUUUUUUGUUGAUGCACCCUACUUAUGGCCCGAUCGCUUUUUGCAAAUGUGCCCACCUUCUAUGAUGUAUCCAAGGAGCGAUGCACCAAGCAGCGUCCGGUUCGCUGGAGGAAUGCCGAAGCUUCCACCUACAACAGUCUUCUCGUCGCAAAAGCCCGCAUGGUGGUCGGAGGUCGCGAACAACCCGGCGAAAAAAGACAUCGUUUUCGUUUGUCAGGGUACUGUUCGCAUGGACUGGAGCGACAUCGUGGUACCCACGAUGGAGGCACUGAAAGACCGUCCGAACACCCUCGUCGUUGUGGCGCUUGGCAAACGUGGGGCAACGUUGGACUCAAGCAUCCUCGUGCCUGAAAAUGCGCGAGUUACAGAUUAUCUUCCCUUCGAUGAUAUACUCCCAUUUUCUUCUGUUUUCGUUGGGAAUGGCGGAUAUGGUGGUGUUCGAUGUAGUCUUGCCCAUGGGACACCUCUGGUGGUUGCAGGAGACAGCGAAGAUAAGCCGGAGAUGUGUGCUAUAAUCGAAUGGGCUGGCGUGGCUGUCAAUCUCAGGACGGGUAACCCGACGAGUGAAGCUCUUCGGGCUGGCAUAGACAAGGUUCUCUCUGAUUUGAAGUAUAGGGGGGCUGCUCAGGGGAUUAAAAAAGAAACCGAGACGUUUGACCCCAUCAGAGUCAUUGCGGAGAACAUUGACGAAGUAGUUGCCGGCGUCAAGGCAUGA